AUGGUUGUUGGCUACGAUGUCACUCAUCCUACGAACAUGUCUAACGAAAAAAGCGCAGCGCCCAGCCUGGUCGGAAUGAUUGCAGUGUUGACAAAGACCUCGGACAAUGGCCGGCUGUUGCGUGGGAACAGCCUUUCCGUCAGGAGAUGCUUGGAGAUGAGCUCACAGAGAAGUUCAAGUCUCGCCUCUUGUUAUGGCGUCAGCGAAGGCCAAUUUACCCAGGUCCUCACAACUGAGCUGCCUAUGAUCCGCAAGGCGUGUGACCAGCUCUAUCCGCCCAAGCAGCACCCGAGGCUCUCCAUCAUCGUAUCCGUCGAACAUCAUCAGACGCGCUUCUGCCCUACGUCUGAAGUGUACAUGGAUCAGAAAUCGCGCAACAUCAAAAACGGCACCGUCGUCGACCGCGGUGUCACUCAGGCUUGUUGCUGGGAUUUCUUCUUGACCGCCCACACAGCUCUCAAGUGGACAGCCCGACCUGCUCCCUAUACUGUGCCUUUGGAUGAGAUCAUUAGGGAGAAGUACGGCGUGGGUGACUCGGCUGCGGACCAGUUAGAGAAGCUCACGCGUAACCUCUGCUACCUCUUCGGCCGUGCCACCAAGGCGGUCAGUAUUUGCCCGCCGGCCUACUACGCGGAUAUUUUGUGUGAACGGGCUCGCGUUUAG